AUGGAAUCCUUUGAUAAAGUAGUGACUACUGAUCUUGGAGAAGGCAGCUCCCAGUUAGCAGCAUCUAAUAUGGUGACUAUCCUUAGUACGGUGAACGUGGCCAACUUCGUUUCCAGCAAGCUCUCCGGCAAGAACAACUACAAGUUAUGGAAACAGCAAAUACUCUGCCUCAUCGAGGCCAAUGACUUGCUCCCGUACAUUUACUCGCCUCAUCCGGAAGACGGUGAUAGGAGAACGGGGAGAGUGGUUUUGGGGUGGAUCCUUGGGUCGCUGGCCGAUGCGGUUCAUAAGAAGGUGGCCCAUUUGACUAACGCCAGAAAUGUCUGGAUGGAGCUCGACAAGAAGCUGAAUACUGGUCCUGAUGUCCCUUUCAUCAAAUCUUCCCCGACUAUCCUCAGUAUAGUCAAUGUGGCCAACUUCAUCUCCACCAAGCUCUCAGGUUCUAACAACUACCCGUCAUGGGAAAUGCAAAUAAGCUGCCUCAUCGAGGUAAAUAACUUGUACCUGUACAUUUCUCCCGAUGAGGACCUCCCCAACACAGAAGACGAUGAUACGCGUUGGAAGGAGAAAGUGGUUUUGGGGUGGAUCCUUGGGUCUCUAGACGAUGCCGUUCUUAAGACGGUGCUCCAUUGUUAUACCGCCAAGGAUGUGUGGGCGGAGCUCAAAAAGAAUUUUGGUCCGGCACCAGCGAUUAUUACGCUUGCCACGGAGACCGAGUGGGACAAGUACUUGCCGCUAGUGAUAAACAUUCGCAAGGGGGAGUGGGAGAAAGCACAAAAAUUCAUAGAAGAAAAAAUGCAAGACAAUAUCAGUGCCGCAAUAACAUCGAGAUCAGACACAUGUCUCCACUUAGCCAUGUCAUAUGACGUAAUACCACUUGUCCAGUUCCUAGUUGGGAGAAUGGACUCCUACCAACUCAAGAAUAAGAACAUCAUCGGCAACACCGCUCUCCAUACGGCAGCCUGGAGCAUUCGAUGCUCUCAGACAGCCAUCGAUAUCCUGGUGGAUCGAGUACCUUAUCUGAUGAACUUUCAAAACGAAGAGUUUGAAAACCCGUGCCACCUGGCGGUACGGGCCUUAAAAAAGGAUCUCGUUAAGUACUUCCUAUCAAAGAUGGACAAUGAAUGGUACUUCGAAUGGCCACAAGACACCGGUGCCAAGCUUCUGUGUAUGCUGAUCGAGGCCGAGUAUUAUGAUGUGGCUAAAACUGUGACUGACAUAUGUCCGGAUUUCGCUUGUCUUAAACUUCUGGAUGGGACGACAGCCUUGCACAAGUUAGUGCUAAAGGACACUGGGAAAGGGCGCUCUAACUUUAGCUUUUGGGAACGCUUCCUUCACUCAAUUCCCCCUGAAUCUCGGACCGUCGAUGAGGAAUCUGCUGCAGUUCGCGCAGGAGAAUCGGGUGUGAUCGGCGAUGAGGAAUCUGGUGCAGUUCCCUGA